GUGUCCGUGCCUGCGGGCACUGACCGCAGCCCUGAUCAACCGGUAACGCUGGGGCUGUGCCGGAGGAGGCUCUGCUGGUCCAUGGGCUCUGCCUGCGGCGAGCAUGAGCGCUCGGACCCACUGAGGGCCCCCGGGCGGGCUGUGAGCGCGGCCACCGGUGCCGGUGCCGGUGCCGGUCGGGCCGCCCCGCCGCGCCGCACGGAGCAUGCCUCUGAGCCCCGCCGGCAGCAAACAUGAGAGCCCGGAGUCGCCGCCGCCAGAGCCGCCGCCGGAGCGACAGCCCCGUUCCGGAGAGCCGGGCGCCAGCCUGCGGGAGGAUUCGCGGCUCGACCCGGCCCGGAGCCCCGCCGGGCCCCGCUCCCCCAAGCUGGCGGCAGCGGCGCGCAUGGAGGAGCCCGCACCCGGCGCCAUCGUCGUCCGCAUCGGCAUCCCCGACCUGCAGCAGACGAAGUGCCUACGGUUGAAUCCAGAUGUUCCCGUGUGGGUUUCCAAGCAGCGCAUCCUCUGCACUUUGAACCACAGCCUGAAGGAUGUUCUCAACUAUGGGCUCUUCCAGCCGGCCUUCAACGGCCGGGCCGGGAAGUUUCUGGAUGAGGAGCGCCUGCUGAGGGAGUACCCCCUGAAUCCAGACACUCCUGUUCCCUACUUGGAGUUCCGGUACAAGAGGCGUGUGUACACCCAGGCUCUGCUGGAUGACAAGCAGUUUGCCAAGCUCCAUACGAAGGCAAACCUGAAGAAGUUCAUGGAGUAUGUGCAGAUGCUGAAUGUGGAGAAGGUCUGCAGGCUGCUGGAGAAGGGACUGGACCCCAACUUUCAUGAUCCGGAUACUGGAGAGUGUCCGCUGACGGCGGCGGCCCAGCUGGAGCUCAGCACCGACAUGAUCAAGGCCCUGCGCAACGGGGGCGCGCACCUGGACUUCCGCACGCGCGAGGGGAUGACGGCGCUGCACAGGGCCGUGCGGUGCCGCAACCACGCCGCGCUGCUGACGCUGCUGGACCUCGGUGCCUCCCCAGACUACAAGGACAGCCGGGGGCUGACGCCGCUGUACCACAGCGCCAUGGUGGGGGGCGAUCCCUACUGCUGCGAGCUCCUGCUGCACGACUAUGCCCGGCUCGGCUGCGUGGAUGAGAACGGCUGGCAGGAGAUCCACCAGGCAUGUCGCUAUGGCCAUGUUCAGCACCUGGAGCAUCUUCUCUUCUAUGGAGCUGAUAUGACUGCGCAGAAUGCCUCAGGAAACACCGCUCUUCACAUUUGUGCUCUCUACAACCAGGAGAGCUGUGCUCGGGUUCUCCUCUUCCGCGGUGCCAGCAAAGAGAUUCGCAACUACAACAGCCAGACAGCGUUCCAGGUGGCCAUCAUUGCAGGCAAUUUUGAACUGGCUGAAAUCAUCAAAACCCACAAAGAGUCUGAUGUUGUGCCUUUCAGAGAGACGCCCAGCUACACGAAGCGGCGGCGGCUGCUGGGCGCGGGCGGCCUGGCCUCCCCACGCGUGCUGCAGCGCUCAGCCAGCGACAACAACCUGAAGGCCGAGAGCCGGGCGUCCUACUCGCCGGUGCCGUCGCUGCGCAGCCUCCCGCCGCAGCUGCUGGCGCAGAUGCAGGAGGCAGCGGCGGCGGCGGCGGACGGCAGCGUGGGCAGCUCCGGCAGCGCCCGCAGCGCGCACAGCCGCUCCCCGUCCCUGCAGCGCGUGCAGGAGGAGAGGGAGGCCGACGUGCCCUCGCUCCGCAGGAGCAGCCGCGGCAAGGCCAGCCCCGGCGGACCGGCGGGGCCCCCCGGCCCCGGCACCGAGCCCGCGCCGCACGCCGCGCCCGCCCCGCUGCGCGGGCCCAAGCGGAAGCUGUACAGCGCCGUGCCCGGCCGCAAGUUCAUCGUGGUGAAGAGCUACGCGCCGCAGGGCGAGGGCGAGAUCCAGCUCAACCGGGGCGAAGCCGUCAAGGUGCUGAGCAUUGGUGAAGGUGGCUUUUGGGAAGGAACCGUGAAGGGCAGGACUGGCUGGUUCCCGGCAGAAUGUGUUGAGGAGGUGCAGAUGCGACAGUAUGAUUCCCGGCAAGAAACCAGAGAAGACAGAACAAAGCGCCUCUUUCGACAUUAUACUGUGGGCUCUUACGACAAUUUCACCUCUCACAGUGACUACAUCAUUGAGGAGAAGACGGCCGUGCUGCAGAAGAGGGAGCAUGAGGGAUUCGGGUUUGUAUUGCGAGGGGCCAAAGCUGAAACCCCAAUCGAGGAGUUCACCCCGACCCCGGCCUUCCCUGCGCUCCAGUACCUGGAAUCAGUUGAUGUGGAAGGUGUCGCUUGGAGAGCAGGGCUUCGCACGGGAGACUUUCUGAUCGAGGUGAAUGGCGUCAACGUGGUGAAGGUGGGGCACAAGCAGGUCGUCUCCUUGAUCCGGCAGGGGGGGAACCACCUGGUGAUGAAGGUUGUUUCUGUCAGCCGCAAGCCAGAAUCAGAAGAAGUUGUUCGGAAGAAGGCUCCGCCGCCUCCCAAGAGAGCGCCCAGCACCACCCUGACACUGCGUUCCAAGUCCAUGACAGCGGAGCUGGAGGAGCUGGCCUCCAUGCGGAGAAGAAAAGGGGAGAAGCUGGAUGAGAUUCUGGCAGCUGCCGAGCCAGCACUGAGGGCAGACAUCGUCGAAGCAGAUUCCAGGGCAGCCACUGUGAAGCAGCGACCAACAAGCCGGCGCAUCACGCCAGCAGAAAUCAGUUCACUCUUUGAACGCCAGGGCAUGGCUGCACACUCCGGGGUCCUUGCGGGAGCUGAGAAGCCCCACGUGUCACUGCGCAAAGGAAUUCCACGGACAAAAUCUGUAGGUGAAGACGAGAAACUUGCUGCUUCCUUGCUAGAUGGGAAGUUUCCCCGGAGCACAUCGAUGCAAGACACUGUUAGGGAAGGACAUGGGAUUCCACCACCACCUCAAACAGCCCCACCUCCACCUCCUUCUCCAUAUUACUUCGACACAGGCCCCCCUCCAUCCUUCUCACCACCUCCACCCCCAGGAAGAGCUUAUGAUACCAUAAGAUCAAGCUUUAAGCCAAGCCUGGAGGCCAAACUCCAUGGACUCCCUCAAGUCCUUAGCGCAGCUGAGAUGUAUGAUCAGGCAAGGACUUCCAUUCCUUACCCUGAAAGGCAAAAGAGGGCCCGAUCCAUGAUAAUCCUACAGGAUUCCUCUCAUCUUCCCGUGGAGCCAACAGAGAUCCCCCGCCCUGGCCCAUCUGCGACUCCUCCAGAGAAGCUGAAGAGGAAAGGAAGAGUGAUUGACAACCCUUAUGCCAACAUGGGUCAGUUCAACGUCAGCCUUUUCGCUCCCACCAAGCCACAGAGGAAGAAGAGCCCUCUGGUUAAGCAGUUACAAGUGGAGGAUGCACAGGAGAGAGCAGCACUGGCCAUCACUGGAGGCUUUUCAAGGGAGCCCUCUCCCACCCGCAGGAGCCAUCGCCUGAGUGGUGUUGAAUAUCAGCACCAUGCUGGCAUUGCUCAAGUUGAAGCCACAGGCAUCCCCUUCGCCACUGCCAUCGCUGGAGUCAUGAAGGACAGAGACCGUCGUCUGGAUGAGAGGCGGAAAUCCACUGUCUUCCUCUCUGUUGGGGCUAUCGAGGGCAGCCCCCCCACCAGUGACAUGCCAUCCUUGCAGCAGUCCAGGUCUAUUGAUGAGCGGUUGUUAGGAAGCCGAGAUGUUCUACUGCCUUCCCCUGUCUCAGCUUUAAAGCCAUUGAUCAGCAGCUCAUCCUCUACGUUCAUCCACCCCCUCACAGGAAAGCCCUUGGAUCCAAACUCGCCUCUGGCACUUGCGCUGGCCGCAAGGGAACGGGCCCUCUCAACUCAAGUCCCAUCCCGGUCGCCCACCCCAAUCCACAGCCCAGACUCAGACCGAGCAGCACCCCUCUUUGUGGACAUCCAAACCAAAGAACCAGAGCGCGGGGAGUUGGAGAGCUUGGUGUCCCCUGCGUACUCUCCUGGAGGCAAAGGGGUGAUCGGAACAGACUCUGGGACUUUGGCCCCUGCAAAGAGCCCAUGGGGGACUCCAUCCACACUGCGGAAAGAAACGGAGGCCCGAGCAGAAACCCCAGGGAAGGACGAGAAGAAACAAGAAGACAAGAAGUCCAUGAUUAUUAGCAUAGUGGAUACAUCACAGCAGAAGACCGCUGGCCUCAUCAUGGUUCAUGCCACAAGUAACGGCCAAGAUGAGAUAGGACUUGAGAUAAAAGAGGAGACACCAGCUGUCCCUGAAGCAUGCACAGAGCCAGCAGAGUCCCCCAAAGCAGAGACACAGCCCAGCCCCAUGGGAAAGCCUCCAGUGAGUCCAGCCUCUGACAAGACGUUGGGACAAGGGAGUUCGGAGGAAGAAGUGGAGCCCUACACGGUCACCCUCCCACCAGCUCAGCUAUCUUCAAGCGACGAAGAGACCAGGGAGGAGCUGGCCAAGAUAGGGCUGGUACCUCCACCAGAUGAGUUUGCGAAUGGGGUACUGGUCACCACCCCUGGCACACCAGUCAGCCACCUGGCUACGCCCAGCACGCCAUCCAUACCAGCGGCAGCAGUAGCACCUUCUACCACUGGCGGAACACCCUCAGGGAAGCCCUCUGAUGCCCCCGUAGCCCCAGAGUCUGCUGCAGACUCGGGAGUGGAAGAGGUGGACACCAGAAGUUCAAGUGACCAUCAUCUGGAGACCACAAGCACCAUCUCUACGGUCUCCAGCAUGUCAACAUUGUCCUCAGAGAGCGGGGAGCCUACUGACACAUACACUUCCUUUGCGGAUGGACAAACUUUUAUACUCGAGAAGCCACCAGUGCCUCCAAAGCCAAAACUCAAGUCCCAGCUCAGCAAGGGGCCAGUUACUUUCAGGGACCCACUUUUGAAGCAGUCUUCGGACAGCGAGCUCAUCUCCCAGCAACAUGCGGCCACUCUGGCAUCAGCCAGCAUUGGCCGGCCACGCUACCUCUUUCAGAGAAGGUCCAAGCUAUGGGGGGACCCCAUGGAGAGCAGGCCAAUCCAUGGGGCUGAUGAUGACAAGCCAACUGUGAUCAGUGAGCUAAGUUCCCGACUACAGCAACUGAACAAGGAUACACGAUCACUGGGGGAGGAACCAGCCGGGUCCACGUUAGAUCCCGGGAAGAAGUCACCGGUGGUCGCGGCACGACUUUUCAGUAGUUUAGGAGAACUCAGCACCAUUUCCCAGCGGAGCUCCGGGACCACCUACACAGUCCGACCUGGCAGUCGCUACCCCGUAACCCGACGUACCCCCAGCCCCGUGAAGCCGGCUCUGGAUCGGACAGAGCCCCUCAGCACCGUCCGGCCCUACGGUCUGACCCCUCCCACCAUCCUCAAAUCUUCCAGCCUCUCCAUCCCACAUGAGCCCAAGGAGGUGCGCUUUGUGGUGAGGAGUGUGAGCGCCCGGAGCCGCUCCCCAUCCCCGUCCCCCUCGCCAGGGCCACCCCUGCACACCCUGCACCCGCCUCGGCCCUUCAUGCAGAAACCCCUCCACCUCUGGAACAAGUACGACGUCGGGGACUGGCUGGAAAGUAUCAAUUUGGUGGAGCACCGAGACAAGUUUGAGGACCAUGAAAUAGAGGGCACGCACCUGCCUGCCCUCACCAAGGAGGACUUUGUGGAGUUGGGGGUGACCCGGGUCGGGCACCGGAUGAACAUUGAGCGGGCACUCAAGCAGCUUGUAGACAGCUGACCGUCCCCGGCAGCGCUGGCCUCUUCCAGAGCCACCGUGGGGGGUGGGGGGUGUUUCUACUAGACUAAUAAAACCCACUUUGAUUCUCUUUCUACUCUGAGCACUGCACUGAAGGGUGCGGAGCCGACAGGCUCCCGCCCGCUCCCACACCGCCCCAGUGUGCCACGCACACGCCAACCCCCCGCUCGGCCCCAGCGACGCCUUCAGGACAAGGAAUGUUGCAUGAAAUACAUCCUCGUUUCUGUUCCUCACAGAGAGUCUGGCCUGUAUAUCUAUCGCUUGAUGUGCUCUUCCCUGCGGGCGUCGCUGGUGGCCAGCGCGGCCGAGGCACCGUGUGCUGCUGAGCCCAGGCGCCACAUGGCCAACAGGCAGCACCCGGUCGGGAUGGGCAGUGGGGCCAGGCCAGUGGCGCCAUGAGGAGCCAGGCCCUGGCUUAGGGACAAGGUUCUGGUGGAGGCCUAGUGCUGGCUGCGUUGCCCGGUGUGACAGGCAGGCUGGGGAACGGCAGCGCGGUGAGUGCACAGUGCGUACCUCUGUGCCAUGUCUCGGACAGGUCGGGGUGGCCUAUGGAGACCCCGAGCUGCUCCAGGCUGGCACAGCAGGGCAGGGGCUGCUGCAGGAUGCAGGCGGUGCUGGCUCAGCAGAGCAGGCCGGAGGCACCACGGCUGCGGUGGUGGCCCCAGUCCCCUCUAGGGUCUGAGGCAUCUGGCUGAGCUGGAUCAUCCCACUGGUGCUGCUGAUGGGAAGGGCUCCAUUGUGGAGAGGUCUCGGUGGCCGGGUGGACACCUGUGGUGACACCCAGACCUGCUCCCUCCUGUGCCAAGGCACGCCAGGAGCAGCCCAAGGAGUGAUUCCCACCCAAGAGACCCUAGCCCUGGACUCUGUGCUGCUGCUCUGCUGGUUGCCCUCGGGUGCCCUGCUGAGAGGGGGACUGAAACCGCAUGGAUAGAAGCAUGUCUGGGGAUGGCGGAGGGAGGCUUGUGGGGAAUCCAGCAGAAUAUGCUUUGCCAACCUUAAGUAGGGGGGUGGGGGGAGGGAGAUGUUUUAUUUCCUCUUGGUUUGGGGUCUUUGUUUCCAAGGGGGACACGUUGAUGGAUAAUAUUUAAUCUCCAUGCAGCUAUAUAGAGAGCAGCUGAUGACCUACAAGAGAUGAUACUGAACUACAGGAUUCCCACUCCAUCCUAGUCAUCCUUAUUUUGCAUCUUUUUAAUCAGCUAUAUAUUUGAAAAGAGAGAACAAAUAUCUAUAUAUCUAUAUCUAUACUUAGAGCCACCUGAUUUUGUUAUAAUUUUCCUAAUCUCUAUCUCUAGACAUGUUGAGAUGCUGGGAGGCGGUGCCCGCACCCCUUCAUGGGGCGCCCGCGGCACCGGCAGUUUUUAGCGACUGAAUGAAUGUUAAAAGUAUUUUUAAAAAAGAAAAGAAACAAAAAAACAACCCCCAGCAGCUCCUUCCGGACACUCGGGAUUUUAAUGAAUCAGAAACACAAAACUCAACUCGGGUUUUUGGGACACACCGAGUCUUCCACCCCUGCCAAGGCAGAGACGUGGCAGCGGGUCCCUUGGCCAUCACCACCAUUGUGCUCAGUCCUCCACCAGCAGCCCAGUCACCACAGUGCCCUGAGGCUGCUCCUCCAGAGCUGCCGUAGGGGUCCAAGGGCCAGGCUGGAGAAACCAUGGGCCGGUGGUGCCAUGGCCAUGGGGGCACCAGGUCAAGCUGAGCUUGGCAGGAGCCGCUCUUGUCUUCCAGGUAUUUGGAGGACCCAGGGUGACCCUGUCCAGCCAUGGCACUGGCAGAGGCAGCGUCCCUGUCCCCAGUGUGGUGCCUGGUGCCCCACAUGCCCCCUCCUCGCUGUGUCAUCCCCUAGGGCUGAGCAGGGCUCGCCUCGCCAGCUCUGGAGCAGGUGGCUUUGGCUUGGUGACUGGUGUUCCCAAAAAGCCGAGUCCCCCACAAAGGCAUUAACUCUUCUGGUGCUAGAGGGAAGGACAAGGAGGUUCCUUCUGACCCUCACACAUUUCCAAACCUUUACAACCUUCAGCCAGGGAAAAGGGCCAGGGUGGGGGUGGCAGUCCCUCCAGUGCAUCAGGCCCUCCCUGGGAUGGGUCCUGACUGGUGCCAGUGCACCAGACCCUCCCUGGGAUGGAUCCUGGAAUGCUCUGGUGCCAUCACCUUUUCCCUGAACUCCUGCUGGGUGUGUGCCCAAGCGGCUCCAUCCAGAACUCUCCAGAAGCCACCGGGCCUGUGGGUUCAGGGCCUCUCCACCUCCCAGUUGCCAUCUGGCAGCCUGGGGAGGGUGAGAGUGGCUCCGAGCUGGACUGGCGAGCAAACAGCUCACGGUCUAUGCCCCAGGGCAUGGCGGGCCUCAGGGCCUGUCACCCGGUGAGCCAAGAGGCGCCCAAAUGGCAACAGCAGCCACCGUGUCUGCCUAACCCCUCCACUCACUUUACCUGCCGUGCCCAUUGCACCCCAUCCUGGCAGUGUCACCACUGCCCUGCGUGACCCAGAGCAGGACAGGACAUGGCAGACCCAGUCCUGCCCCCUCCACCUCCCUGACCAGCUCAUCACCCCUCUGCCGACCAUGCACCGCACCCUCUCCAUCCACCCCACUGUUCCCUGCCAUGCACCUUCCUCAUAGCUGGCACCUUCAUCCCUCCUGCGCAGCUCCCACCUCCAUCCUCCUUGUACCUGGUGCCUUCACGCCUUGAAUCCCCUCCACUAGCCCCUGCAUGCCUCGCCUGCACCCAGCAGCAUGUGCAGCAGCAUGUGCAGAUACAUGCACAGCAGGACACGCAGCUACUUGCACCCACUUAUCACCCUCCAGUGCUCCAGCUCCUUUGCCUGCGCUUGGCAUCACCAGGCACUCUGCAGUCACAAGGGCUUGUUGGCAUGGUCCUGCACGCGCCCACAGAAAUUCCAUGCCGCCAGCGCAGUUGCUGCUCGCCUGCCGCGGCCACCUUUGCAGCCACUGCUCGCACAUCCCCUGGCUGUGAACUGAACUUGCCACUUGUUCCCGGCAACCAGAGCUCGGCUCUCCUGGCUGAUGCAGCUUCUCCAGCUUCCUGCCUGGCAAAGCAGCACCAGCACGCCCCGGGAUGCCAGCAUCUGGCUCCUCUGCAUCCCUGCCUGGCUUUGGCCGUGGCUGCUUGCAGAGCCUGCGGUGACCCCACUCAGCUGCAGCCUCUGCAUGCCCAAGGGCCAAGCCUCUGCUCUGCCUAUGGCUCACCCCCUGCCCACCCGGCCAGCUUGUCCCACCACCACCUGUCACCUCCUCACUGCUCUGCUUCAUUCCCAUCACACUGCCAGCUCUUCCCCCACCUCACCUGCAGGUAACGGAGACCCCAGCAGCCCUCAGAGACCCUGGUGUCCCUUAGACACCCUGGAGGUCCUCAUGUCCCGGUACAGCCCCACAGCCUGUCUGCCCCACAUGUCCCCUUGGGAUGGUGGGAGGCUUUGCUGGGUGCUGCCCUGAGGAGCCACCGUGGCCCCUCAGCACAACCCUCACUCCCGGCAGCACUGGUGGUGGAAGUGAUGGUGUGAGCCUGAGUGCAGGCUGCCCGGCGGGUUCCCGCUGGGUGAACCAGGGUCUUGGCCCCUUCAGCAGCUGUUUUGGGGGCUACUAAGAGAGACCCUCCUGCACCCGCCUCUUACUGCAAGAGGUCAGAAGUCUGCAGAGUGCAACUUUUCUGCAGAAAGUUCGGUCUGGGACAAGGAAAGCUGGACGCCUUCUUGCCAUUUCUUAGGAGCCCUCUUCUUCCUCCUCUUCCUCCUCCUCUUCCUCUUCCUCCUUCUCCCCCUCCCUGAUAUCCCCUCUGCUGCCCCGAUCCUCUUUGCAAGGGCUGGAAAUGGUGGAUGCACCCUCUGCCAUGGCAGAGUCAGCGGCUAUGUUGCCCCGUGUGCACCCCAGCUUCUGCCACCAAGCAGCUGCAGCCGUACCUGUGUUGGCAAACACUGCGUGUUCCCUCGGCUUCCAAGGGACACCACGGCUCGUCCCAGUCAGGCUUCACACAAAAGAAGGCGACUUCCAACCACACUGCCCAGGGGCUGCCAGGGGCUGCCGCAAACCUGCUCACCCUACACCAGUAUCAUCAGCUUCAUCACCCUCCCACCAGCGCUGCACCUUCCCCAUGUCCCCUGCACCCAUGGCAGAGCUAGAUAAUCAUGGGCUCGGGGCACUGGUGAUGGCAUCAUCCCCAGGCAGCACCGGGGUCCCCAUCCUGUGCCCCUCUAUGCACCCCGAGCCCACGCUCCUCCAUACCACCGGCUCAGGGGUGGCCAUGUCCCACACACCUGCAGCACCCAUGGUCAGGUCACUCGCCCCUGCAGCGCAGUGCCUUUACUGGGGUUACAGGGUUGCCCAGUGGCUUUCGGACCUUGGGUGGCCCAAUGGCCUUUGGAGCCUGGGUUGCCCAAUGGCCAAAGGCCAAGAUCUUCUCCCAUGGCCAUUCUCACCCCCCAGCAGAACCGUGCCCCUGCUAACACAGCUCCUGCUGAUUUACUUUGAUUUUCUUGGCUGAAGCGAAGCGGAUUUCCCUGUGUAGAUAACACUUCCCGGGCUCUGUAUCUAGGCUGGCCUCAUUGGCAUCUCCACUCCAAACAUCUCCAGACCCAGUGAAACAUUUCAUUUGGAAAAGCCAUCCAGGAGAAGGCAGAGCGGGAGCGGGCGAGGAACCAACCCCACGAGCCUGCGGCCCUCGGCCAUGCUGUCCCGGUGGCAGCGGGACUGACCGCGCAGCGGUUACUGUGAUUCUCAUGGCUUCUCAAUGACUUGGGUUAUCUUCUGUAAAAAGGGAUCCACUCUUUUGGGGGGGGCUUUGAAGGGGUUUUUUUAACAGUUAUUGGUAUUUUUCCUUUGUCCAGACUAACGCUGUCAUCAACCCUGUUUUCCAUCAGCUCCUGUCUGUAAUUCUGACUGUAAAAGAAGAGAAACCAAAACCCAGCGCACUUUGUUCCUGGUGGUGAGGAGCUUCGCCAGCCGAACCCCGUCUCCAUCCAGCGACAAAGUGCAGCGCGGUUUUCCAUCCUUCCUCCUGCGGUUUUCCAUCCUUCCUCCCACGGUUUUCCAUUCUUCCUCCUGCAGUUUUCCAUUCUCCCUCCUGCGGUUUUCCGUCCGUCCGCGAUUUUCCUCCCUCCGGUUCGCCCGUGGGCAGCGCUCACUGCCGCAUGCAUGUGUCACCCGGGCGCACUCACAAUCACUGCAUGUGCACACACCGGCUCCCACCCUCGCACGCACGCGUGCGGCCACACACAUGGCUCGAGCAUCCACACUCUUGUUUCUCACCCCGACGGACUCACCUGUGGGUUUUUGUUCUGUUUUUAAUUUUACAGGGUCAGUUUGACUUCACCCUUAUUUUGUAUGGAUCUUUCGGAGGAGUUUUCUCCUUCUCCGGAGUCAUGGAGGUGUGGCCAUUCACCUCCCGCCCUUGACGUUGUGAUACACAUACCCCACAGAGAUCUAUGUUUCUUAUAUUAUAUUAUUAUUAAUUAUUAUUAUGUAAUAAAUUUAUAAGAAAGCUC